AUGUUGGAACACAGAAAAAUAAGAAAGCCAAGACUGAGUAUCCAUCUGCAAUGCAUUGCUUUGAUUUUAGUGCUCAUCAAGAUAGUACGAUCAAGCCAACCAGGAGAAAACCUUCUUUACAAUGAAAACCUAGAGUCUGAUAAUAAUAAUCUUCCUUUUAGCGAAGGAAGAAAUAACUACUCGGAAAUAGCAAAUAACCUAGUCAAUACUUUUAUAAAGCUAAACAUGGACAUGAAAAACAGAAAAGAGCUCGAUGAACAGAUGGCCUUCCGUCUAGGGCAGGAGAGUGCUCCAGAUGGCCAAACAAAAAAUACGCACGCCUUCACUCCUGCACAUGCUUCAAAAGCUCCUUUCAACCUCAAAACCAGAGAAGAAAUCGAAGAUGAAAGAAUAAUAGCUAAGUCGCUGGCAAGUCUCUCCACGCAUCCUUUCAAAGCAAUUGAAAAGUGCGAUGUGUGCUGUGCCUGCAGGAACAGUGCGCUUGUAGGCUCAGUUGGAAGCGGGAGGAAGUCUGCAUGCAGCAAGAGAGUCCUGGUUGAAAUCCAAGAAAUUCUGAAGAUCGUGUUUAAAGAUCAUGUAUCUGCUGUAGGUACUGGGGAGUCUUCUCUACUAAACCAACUCUUCAGCAGAGCCUUACCUGAAUCAUGCUCUUUUACGAAUAAUAUCGUAAGAAGAAUUAUUCUGAUCCCAGACUCGCACAUUGUCCUCAAAACAUACCUGAUCAUUCUGCUGGACUCCAUCCUCAUGGACCUGUGCAACAGCUACCACUGUCCUCUGUGCCGGUCUCUAUACUCAGAGCCUGGAUUUAUGAUGUACAGAGUUGUCCGGGCUGCAAAUGUGUUUACAAAAUCUCGUGAUGUGAGAGGGCUUUUCGGAAUGGAAAGACUGGAACACUCUCUGAGCUCAAUCGAAGAGGCUCGGCGCCUGCUAGUCUCGCUGAGUGGAAUGUUUGACCUGAUCAAAAUAAACUCAGAAAUGAGAGGCAUAUAUACCAACGUAAUCACCAGAGACAUCACUAGAGGGCCUUCUAAAAUGGAAACUGUGAGCGAACUUCUUACGUACAUGCUGGGACUGACGAUAGUGCUGAACUCAUCUGACUCCAUAUACUACUUUUUGGUUAACCUAGACUCUGCUAAUCUCACUGGCAGCAAUCUCAUUCCCAUUCCCAAUGUGUACAACAUGAGCACACAUAUAUACGAUACAUUGGGGGCAAUAGGAAUAAACGAUAAAAAUAUUGCAAACAUCAUCAGACAGUACAACAGUGCAGCAGGGAGCAACGCGCACAUUAUGCAGGAUGGCAUCAUAAAAACUUUGCAAUCAGCGGGCUUAUUUAUGCAGUCUCCUGCGAAUGUCAAAGUAAAACUGGCGCAACCUCUUUCCUUAUUCAGCACGCCAAAUCCUAUGAGCUUUGCAGGAGCACAUACAAAUUACAUGCCCAAUCAGAUGCUCAAUCUUCCAAAUGUAGCCAUCAAUAAUCCGCAGGUAAACUAUAUAAGUUCCAUGCAGCAUAAUGUGCCUCUUCCCGCUUUUUCUGAAGUCUACACCUAUCAUCCUACGCUUAAAAAAGGGCUCUACAACUCUCAGAAAGAUGAAAAAGUGAAGACACUAGCGCAGAAGAUAGACAGUGCCAUAAAUAGCAGUGGUGCGAGUGCUGCUGCAGCCCAGCAAAAGGGAGCGAAAUCAGUGAAUUUCCCAGAUAAAAAUUUUAGCAGAUUCGUACCUAAUGCGCAAAACUACUCUGGACAGGCUCCAGUGCAGGUGCCAACAGCAGCUCCAAGACAAAUCAAAGUCCCAGUUCGCAUAGAAGCACAAAUACCCGCGCAGAUGACCAUCCCAGCCUCUCCCCAGCAGAUGCCCGUGCAUCAGGCACAGAUGAGUCAUUCUGUUCCAGUGAACUACAGAGUUUUAUCAGUGCCUGCUGGAAGUGCCCCUUAUUUGGGCCCAUCUCUUCAAAAAUCAAAUGUUGUUACUCCUGGAGUUACCUAUGCUAGUGUACUGCACAACACUUCUCCCACUGCAAGAGCUCCAAUGGCUACGUACGGGCAUCAUUAG